AUGCCUAUGCAGUGGACUGCAGAAAAUGACAACAUUUUGUUCCUGAAAGUCCUCGAGACGAACAAUAUCUCUGUCAAUUACAACGCAAUUGCAGAAGCCUGGCCCGUCGAGAAUGGAAAGGACAAACCGACUCCGCGCGCCAUCUCGGAACGCAUCUUCAGGCUGAAGCAAAAAGCAAAACAGAAAGGAGUCUCCGUCAGCGCUCCCAGCACCCCGGCAAGCGGACUUGCUACCCCUCGUGCCCGUGGCAGCGCUCGUGGUGGCCGCAGUGGUGGUGGUGGUAGUGCCGCUGCAAAACGUAAAAAGCAGCUCACACCAGACGAAGACAGCGAGUCCGAAGUAUCAACUCCCAAACGCGUCAAGAAAGAGGUGCAGGAAGUGACAGUGUCGGAUUUGAAAGCGCUUCAAGUGUCAACACCGUCCAAGCGUUCUCGCAAGCCCGUUCAGUAUUUGAACAUGGCAGCGUAUGCGGACAGCGAAAACGACGCAAAUGACAGCUGUGAUUCCUUGGAUGCUGAUUUCAAUCCGGAUGAGGUUCCGACAUACUGCGCUGAUGAGGAAUAUCAUCACGCCAUUAUCACUGAGAUGACCGACGGUAAUGAUGCUUAG